UUGUUCCCUCUGCUUGGAGUCCUCCUUGGCUCUUCCUCUCCUCUUUAGUAUGAAGGCACUCCUCAGCACAUGUCUCCUUUUUGGCCUCUUUUCUCCAGUGGCACUGAUGGAAUGCUAUUCCUGUACGGGAGAGGAGUGCGCAACACCAAAAAUUAAGAGCUGCCGAGAUGACCAAGAUGCCUGUGUUUCGGCCGUAUCUAAUGUCAAAAUGGGCGAAUUCUUACCAGAAUUACUCAUUCCUGCCAAGCGAUGUGGUAAGACCCAAGACUGCUUGGACACCCAAUUCAGCAUGCAAACAGAAGAGGGUGGGCGCUUCCGUUCCAUUCGUGAGUGCUGCUUCAGUGACAAGUGCAAUAACGUGAAUGUCUCUCUGUCAGAGCCUGUGGAACAUCCUCCCAAUCAGAUACUAUGCCCCUCCUGCUUUGACUUGGAUUCCGAGAACUGCACAGAAGGGGGGAAAGUGAUGAUCUGCACUGGUGAUGAGACGAAAUGUGUUGAGGGAGUCAUAGAGAUGAAAAUAAGUCUUCUAGGGUAUGCAAUUAAUAUGUUUAUCCAAGGAUGUGGAACACCAAGCAUGUGCACUGCUAGAUUUCCAAUGGAGAGUGUAUCGUCUGGUGAAACGAAAUUCAACAUCAAAGGAAUUCGGUGUAUCGACGGCAUUGAAUACUUGACAGUGUAGAUGGGAGAGUCCACAUCCCUCUCUUCUUCGGAAUCCACCAUUCUUGGACAAGAAAGAGGAAGUUGGGGACCAAGUGAUUGGCACACGGAAGGGCUGACAUUUAGGACUCCUGGGCUGCCUUCUCUGUAGCGGGUGGAGGUGCGGGGCACAAGCUGGGAGGGAGAGAAGACCUUGGGGUUUAGAGGCUGAAGCUCAUGAGCAGGAUACAUUUCCACUGAGUCGCAAUCAAAAUGAUCCAAAUAAAUUGGC